AUGGUUUCAGAAGAAGCUAAAAAGGAAACAAAGAAUAACGUAGCAACUUUCCAAAUACUUGUGCAACAAGAUCCAUUUCUUGUUGAUCAUGUUUCAUUUCCACGUUCAAGAAGUCUCUUACAUUUUGCAGCUGAAAAUGGGCGCGUUGAGAUUGCCAGAGAAUUGUUAUCUGUAGCCCCUGAGAUGCGCUGGUGGCAAGAUGAUCAAGGCAUGAACCCGGUUCAUAUUGCAGCCAUUAGAGGGCAUGUCGAGAUCUUAAAGCUGCUGCUUCAGCUGGACUUGUAUCCUGCGAUGGAGAGACUUAAUCGAGGCCAGACUGUGAUGCACUUGUGCGUGAAACAUCGUCAGCUUGAGACGUUGGAGUGUUUGGUUGAGGAAAUGAGCGACCUUGUGAAUGUGAAGGAUGAUGAUGGGGACACACGCUUGCAUUUGGCUGUUAGGUGCGAUCAAGUUGAGAUGGUAAAAUAUUUGGUGGAUGACUAUAAAGUAGAGAAUCUAACGGAGAACUCCAUGGGCAAAACACAGCUGGAUAUCUUGAGAGGGAACUCCCAACACACAACUAAGCCUUCAGAAAUUGAAAGGUUACUACUUUUGGCAUAUGACCCAAUUCCCAACACCUAUCGCGAGAUGACCGACAUGACAAUGGUGGUGGUGGGCCUGAUAGCCACGGCAUUCAGUGCGGCUGUCAACCCCCCGGGUGGCGUGUGGCAGGAUGACACGUCAUCACACAGAGCCGCCAAAGCAAUAAUGGCAUCUUCACAUCUGAUACGGAUGACCCUUCGGCACUGGCGGAGGAGCAGCAGCGUGUGGCCGUCGAAGUUGCACAGACCGAGGAGUUGCUGGAGCAGGAGCUGA